AUGAACCACAACAAAGAUAAUAUCAUUGUCCCUGUUCCUAUUCGUGUGAAUCAAAUUGGAACCAGCGAAAGCAUCUUCAGUCAGCUUUCGGUCGAGCUGAUGGCUGCAAAAGAUGAAAACUUAUGCUUAAGCAGAGAACUUGCCCAAGAAAAGCUAUACUUUGAGUUCUAAUUAAUUUUUAAUAGAGUAUUUUAAUUUUUUGCUUAUGGUAGUCGAAUUAAACCAAUAAAAUAGGAUAAAGAAUCAACAACUUGAAACCUUCUUGAGAUCCCUUGUUGGACCAAGCAAGGCAAUACCAAGGACAGAAAGUUCUAUAUCACUCGCCAGCACCGUUUCAAGCGUCAAUGAUACGGCUUAUUAUGUUGGCGCUUACACCCAAGAGGUGCGGAAGCAGAAAAUACUUAAAUACAAGGAAAAAAUUAAAGCCCAUCGGCAAAAAGUGCACGUAUCGAGGGACUUCAUUGGUCGUAGCUCGAUAGCAAAGCAAAAAAUGAGAAUUAAAGGAAAGUUCGUAAAAAGUCCAGUACAAGUUUAG